ACGCGAUGGGUGGCCACAUAGCAGUACACAAUCAAACCCCUGCCCCGAUGUGCUCUAGCGUCUUUUCAUCCUUCCCAUACAGUUUAGCGGUGCUGCAAGAAUGGCUGCAAGAAUGGCUGCAACUUGUAAACUUGUACCCAGGUGGCUGCCAUCAAUUGCGACCAAAAUUGCCAAGGACCAGCAAAACUUGAAAGAAAUAGCAACAAAAUGGCAGUUGAGGAAAGAGUCAUUCAUCCCUCCCUUUCACCCACCCAACCAGACCUUCUCAUUAAUCCCCGUUCUCCAACUCUCUUCCCUUUUCCCUCAUCACUUCACUCUUUCCCUUUCCCUUUGCUUUUAGCUCUGGCUUUUGAUUUGGCUUUUCUAUUUCAAACCCUGCUAUUUAUCCUGCAGCUACUUGUGGGAUUGUGGGAUUAUGGGUACUUGUUAGAGGUACCUACAUACAUACAUACAUACAUAUAUCUACAUGUACAUAUGUUUGUGAUGUUGUUGUUUUUAUCAGAUGAACGGCUACUAGACGGCUACAUAUCAAACCUAUCAUUAUCGUCAUCGUCAAACAUGGACUGAUAUAUUAGCAAGGCAAAGGCAAAAAGGGGUAUAUACAUAUGUAUGGAUGUUUAUCUGUAUGUAUGUGUAUAUGUAUGUAUGUAGGCGCGCUGUGCUAGGUUGCGUUUUAUUACCAGUGCCUACAUGUAACUACUAUCGUACAAUAUGAACAGUACAUGUGGGAUGUAUUACUCUGCAAUUCCAGAGUAUAAAAAAAUACAUACAUCCAAUUGUAUCAAGCUUCGAAGUUUGCUCCGACUAGCCUAGAUCGUUGCCACCGGAAGGACAGCGGCAGCACUGGACACUGGUGACUUAAGUGUAACAGCCACUGUGAAAACUUUUUUCCCUGUUUGAGAUCGAGCUGACAAGGUCGAUACGGGAUUCACGAUCCAACGGCAAAAAGCA